CAGGAGGGCGUGCAGAAGGGAGGAGAGUGGAAAAAACGGUGGAGAGGGGGACAGAAAGGAAGGAGAGAAAGGGAGCGCCUGGGCUGCACUGCAACUGCAGCAGCUGCAGCAGCCUGUCAGGAAGAAAGAGGGAGAUAGAAGGAUACAGAGGGAAGGAAGAGAAAGCAGCAGGAUUGUCUUGGAGGGGGAAAUUUACAUGUAUGAUUCCACACAAGGAGAGGAGUUUGACUAAGGAAGACUGUUUUUCCCCUCCUGAUGCAUUUUGAUAAUGGUCUCAUGGAGGAGGCGUGCUUGGGAAUAGUGUGAAAGGUAAAGAAGGAGGUUUGAAAAUGGAAAGGACGGACAGCACCAAGGCAUACGGCCAAGCAGAUGGCAAAGGAGUAGGCAUGGCAGCUAAGAGGGCCAAGUCUGGAGUGCCCCAGAGCACACAGCGUGGGGAGCUGAAGGUUUAUCGGGCUGGCAGUUCUGAGGGCAGGAUACCAGUGCCCUCCAAUCUUCGCAAGCAGAGGUCGAUGACAAACCUGGCUGUCCUCACUGAUGCUGAGAAGAAGCUGCACCUAUAUGAGCCAAAGUGGUGUGAUGACAUGGCCAAGCCUGGAGCAGGGCAGACCAAGACCAACAAGCCAAAGACCACAGGGGGUGGCAGUAGUGCCGGCGGGGGUGCCCCCCUUUCUCGAAACCUAUCCAAAUCUGAACAUUCACUGUUCCAGGGAAAACCCAAGCCCUUCAGUGCCCUAGCUGCUCCCUCUGCCCUGAGCAAGCAGAGCCGCAUACCUCGUGGUCCUUUUGCUGAGGUGAAACCUUUAAGCAAGGCACUUGAUGACGGAAAGUCAGACGAUGAAAUCCUCUCCAGCAAAGCGAAGGCCAUUCCAAAGAAAGCUGGAGCCGGAGCUGGAGGAGAAUCUGGCUCCAAAGCCCAGGGAGAGGAAGGAGGAGAUAAGCCUUUCCUGAAGGUGGACCCAGAGCUGGUGGUGACAGUACUAGGAGACCUGGAACAGCUUCUUUUCAGUCAGAUGUUAGAUCCAGAUUCCCAGAGGAAGCGCACUGUGCAGAAUGUUCUUGACCUCCGCCAGAAUCUGGAAGACACAAUGUCGAGUCUGCGUGGCUCCCAGCUGACCCACAGCUGUAUGGAUAGCAGCAACGUGGGCUACGACAGUGAUGAGACCAAUGCCCGCAGCAUUUCCAGCAUGUCAAACCGCUCCUCACCUCUGUCCUGGCGCCAUGGCCAGUCCAGUCCUCGUCUUCAGGCUGGCGAUGCCCCAUCUUCCACAGGUGGCGGAUAUCCGGGCAGUAAGAGCUCCUCCCAGUACACAGCCCACACCAUGCCAGCUCGCUGCUCCAGCCGCCUUAGUAGCACUUCUCGCAUUGAACUCAUCGAAGGUCUCGACGAUGAUCCUGAUCUCAAGUUUGGUUACCUGAGUGAUACUGACCUUCAAGGAAAGAGCCUGCCAGAUGAUGAUGAUGACAACUUGGCCAAUGGCUGGGAUGAGAGCAGCUCCAUCAGCAGCGGACUUAGUGAUGGUGACGGCUCAGAGAACCUCAGCUCAGAGGAAUUCAAUGCCAGCUCAUUUUUGAACUCCCUGCCCAGCACACCUUUGGGAUCAAGACGCAGUUCCUCUGUUAUGCUCCGCACUGAUGCAGAGAAGCGAUCUCUGGUGGAAAGUGGCCUUUCUUGGUACAGCGAGGAUGGCAAAGCCAGCCACAAGCUUGACAGCUGCAGCUUCAACUCAGGAAGCCUCAAAUCUGAAGCCCCAAGCAAGUGGAGAAAGAAGCCGCCGAGCCUCAGCGAAGAUUUUGGGGUUAAAGCCGAUUUGAAGAAGCCUCAGAGUUUGGGUCAACCAGGAAGUUUCAAGAAGUGCAGAAAUCCUCCAGUGGGCGUGACCUCCCCUAUUACCCAUACCUCCCAGAGUAUGCUCAAGGUUGCAGCACCGAAAAGUGAGAAGCCUCUAGACAAGUCUAAAAUUUCCAUCAAAACUGCUGGCCUACAACGGUCCCGUUCAGAUGCUGGCAGAGAUUUUCAUGGAGAACACCGUAAGCCCCCUUCAGGUUUGGUCAAACCCUCUGCUGGAGGUUCCUUUGGCUACAAGAAAAUGUCAACAGCCACUGGUACCGCUUCAGUUAUGACAGCAGGGGGCGCCCAUAUCCCCGGAAGCUCUGCUACAGUGGGGAAAACACCCAAGUCAUCUGGCAUCCCUGUCAAGCCUCUAGGUGGAGGAACAAGCUUGGGCAGAAAGAACAGUUUCGAUGCUAGCAGCGAGCACGGCUUCCUGGGGCCAAAUGCCCGAAACAGCAUUCAGUACCGCAGCCUGCCCCGACCAGCCAAAUCGAGUGCUCUGAGUGUGAUCGGACGCCCAGCGGCACGUCCUGCCAGUGGAACCAUUGACCCCACUCUGUUGAGUUUGAAACCUGUACCCAUGGCUUCCACAGGGCCCAGGAUUAAAGAGUCAAGCGGCUGCAGUGGUAAAAUGAUGAGCAGAACGAGUACAGGCCCUGUGAACCAGACAGACAGAGAAAAAGAAAAGGAACGGGCCAAGGCCAAGGCUGUGGACUGUGGCUCUCUGAAGGGAGACGACAGCCAGUCAGAGUGUGCAGGAGAGCCAACUGUGAAACUACACGGCCUGAGACGCACAAGCAGCAGCAAAUACCCUGAACUGUCCUCUCCCACAACACCAAGGAUGCUGAAUACCAAGUCUCUUGGUCGCCCUCCCAGUUUGGCUCAUCUGGACAAGAUGAAUUCAAACAGUCUUGACUCCUGUGUGACCAUCCAGGACCUUCCACCUCCUAAAAUACCACCAUACUCUAAGCUUCAAGACCUGGCUGCUUCCCACACAUCCACCCGUCUUACUCCAAGCCCGGCUCCUGUCCUCCACAUUGAUUCCCCCACCUAUACCAGCGAAAGCCUGAGCUUAAGUGGAUCCCCCAUGCUCUACCCCAAACUUUCUGGCAUGCAUCGCAGCUUGGAGUCUCUACCCCUACAGAUGAGUGUGCCCUCCAGCAUAAGGCUGGUACCACAAAAUACGAGCGAUAAAGAAGAGAGGGCUUCAGGAACCUGGAGGGGUGGGAGUAGGACGUCACUCAAUCUCUCGGAUGGUGUGCAAACGGACCGGAAUACUUUGCCAAAGAAAGGCUUAGAGCGCUAUGGGUCCAGCCUCUCAGACAGCGAUGGAAGCAAGCCGGGAAGACGUCACUCUCACACCAUAGUGAGCAUGACGGAGAGCAACACCCCCCCUCAGCUACCUUCACCCACCCGCCUUCUCCACCCUUCUUCCAGCAAAACUACUCUAACCAACAUUGUUGCCCCAAUUUCAUGUGGCACCCCAAGGAUAUCACGCUCCAACAGCACAGGCCCCUCCAGUGACCCAGCCUGCGAUCUGUAUGGAUCCUCCCCUCUGGGCAGCAGUAUGUCUCUGGCUGACCGGCCAAAAAGUAUGAUGCGAUCCGGAUCCUUCCGCGAACCAGGAGAGGAUGUGCAUGGCUCUGUGCUCUCUUUGGCAUCCAAUGCUUCAUCUAAUUAUUCUGCGAGUGAGGAAAGAAUACAAGGAGAGCAAAUCCGGAAGUUAAGACGAGAGCUGGAGUCGUCCCAGGAAAAGGUGGCUGACCUGACGAUGCAGCUUUCUGCUAACCUAGGCCAGGCUAAUCUGGUUGCAGCGUUUGAGCAGAGUCUGGCACUGAUGACAGCACGCCUGCAGACACUGUCAGUCUCCUCAGAACAAAAGGACUCCGAGCUCACUGAAUUGAAACAGACCAUUGAGGUUUUAAAAGCCAAAAAUACAGAAGCACAAGAAAUCAUUCAAACUGCUCUCAGCAACCCAGAAAUCACACCUAAAGAGCUGCUGAUAAAUCGACAAAAUUCAUCAGAGAGCAUCUCUAGUCUCACAAGCACUACAAGCCAUUCGAGCAUGGGAAGUCUCAAGGAGCAGGAGGCCAAGAAGAAGAAAAAGAAGAGCUGGGUUUUUGAGCUGCGUAGCUCCUUCAACAAAGCUUUCAGUAAGAAAGGCUCAAAGUCGGGGCCAUAUGCUGACAUCGAAGAGAUCGCUACUCCAGAGUCUUCUGCACCUUCUUCCCCAAAGGUCAACAUUCCUGGAGAUAGCCCUCUAAUAAAAUCCUCUGCCUCUUCCUCAUUGGCAGGACUCUGUGAAGGAGAUGAUGUGGAGGAUGAUAAAGUUGUAACAGAACUGCGCUCAGAGCUGUGGGAGAAGGAGCGGAAGCUGACAGACAUCCGCCUGGAGGCUUUAAGCUCUGCACAUCAGCUGGAGCAGCUGCAGGAGGCCAUGACCAACAUGCAGAUGACAGUGGAGAACCUGAAGACUGAGAACGAUAAGCUGAAGACAGGUAGUCUGUCUCCCUGUCCGUCUCCUGGACCCUCCAGCUCUGUGUCCCAGUCCUCGGGUCUCACAGCUCUGGGGAGUUCAUCCCCCCGUCAGUCAGUUGCCAUGCACAUGCCCAAAAGCUACAGCAGAGGGCUGAGUGAGGGGAGCAGCUCAGCAGAUGUCCACUCUGCUGAUUCGCUCAGCCUUUCCUCACAGAGAGAUGACCACCGUGUCAAAGUGGUUGUUUGUGUGGCGGAUUUACGGGUUUUUAAAGAUGAGGCUAAACCGCAGGAUUUUUUCAUUGGUACUGUCAGGGUGAAUGGCAGGAUGGACUGGGUCAUGUUGGAUUCUGCUGUCAGCCAGGCUUUCAAAGUCUAUAUAGCCAAAAUGGACCCCAUCUCCAGCCUGGGUCUUUCUACAGACUCAGUCUACAGUUACAGCAUGGGCCACAUUAAACGAGUGCUGGGAGGCGAAGCUCCUGAGACACAGCCAUCUCGUUGCAUGUCACGAGGCCCCAGCAGCAUCACUGUGGCACUAAAAGGUUUAAAGGAGAAGUGUGUGGACAGCCUUGUGUUUGAAACUCUCAUCCCUAAACCCAUGAUGCAACAUUACAUCAGUCUUCUACUCAAACAUCGCCGUCUCAUCCUGUCUGGACCGAGCGGGACGGGAAAGUCUUACCUAGCUUCCCGGUUGGCCGAGUACCUGGUGGACCGCAGUGCUCGUGAAAUCACAGACGGGAUUGUGAUCACUUUCAACAUGCACCGGCAGUCAUGCAAGGAUCUACAGCUUUAUCUUUCCAACUUGGCCAAUCAAAUAGAUCGGGAAACCAGUUCAUCAGAAAUCCCAUUGGUGGUUAUUUUAGAUGACAUUCAUGAUCCGGUUUCCAUCAGUGAACUUGUUAAUGGUGCUCUAACCUGCAAAUAUCACAAAUGUCCCUACAUUAUUGGAACCAGCAAUCAGCCAGUGAAGAUGACGGCAAACCACAGCCUGCAUCUAAGCUUCAGAAUGGUGACCUUUUCCAACAACGUGGAACCAGCUAAUGGCUUCCUCACACGGUAUUUGCACCGGAAGCUGAUGGAGUCAGAAGAUGAAAGGAGCUCAAACAACGAAGACCUCAUCAGGGUUUUAGACUGGGUUCCUAAACUGUGGUAUCAUUUGCACACCUUCCUUGAGAAGCACAGCACAUCAGACUUUCUCAUUGGCCCUUGCUUUUUCCUGUCUUGCCCAGUUUCAGUUGAUGAAUUUCGGUCUUGGUUCAUUGAUCUGUGGAACCACUCUAUUAUUCCAUACCUGCAAGAAGGAGCAAAAGAUGGUGUCAAGGUUCAUGGCCAGAAGGCAGUAUGGGAGGACCCGGUGGAGUGGGUGAGGGGCACCUUGCCAUGGCCGUCCGCCCAGCAGGACCAGGCGAAGCUAUUCCAUCUACCUCCUCCCAGCAUCAGCUCUAGUAGCCCAUGUCAGUCCAGUGAGGAGAGGCCUCACAAAGAAACUCCGUCCAGCUCUAUGGAAUCUGAUCCUCUGAUGGCAAUGCUUCUGAAACUUCAAGAGGCUGCUAACUACAUUGAAUCUCCAGAUAAAGAAGAUCUGCCUAAGCUCUGAACAGAUAACUCAGACUUAAUGACCCACCAGUAAAGAUUUUACUUUAUUUUAUGUGUUUCACUGUGUCGGAGCACUGUGUGAUCUGGAAGAAAUGGACUUUGGGAAAUGAUUUUGAAGAGAGUUUAACUAUCAUUACCAUAGAGAGUUGAUGAAACUUUUCAAUUUAGACUCAGAUUAUUAAAACACAUGCAUAUAUGAACACUGAAGCUCUAAUAAAUAGAAAGCUAUAUUCUGUAACAAGACUAUGUAUAACAAUUUACCACCACAUUUGCCCUAAGUACUAUUAGAUUGGUGCUAACUGUUUACGCUGAAAUCCAUUGGUGUUUGCACCAAAUCAGGGGAUUCCUACAAAAAACAUGCACCGUCCGUCCUGUUUUCUCCUUAAGUGCAUCCUGGGAUAGUGAGUUCUCAUCAGAUGACUCUUACCUUAAUAGCAUUGACCUUGUUUUGGAAAAGAGUAUGACAGCAUGACAGACACUACUGUUAAACGCAAAAGUCUUUGGUACAUAUCUACUGUAUACAGAAAGCCUUUGAAGGCCAAUUCUUAAUACAUAUGCAAUCUUGAACUUUACAACUCCAGCAGGUAAACAAUGCCUUAACAGCAGAGAUGUUCAUGUCACCUCAACCUAAGCAGAGUUUACUGGUGCUUUCAUCAAUAUUAUUACCACUGUUCAGUCAGGAAUUCUUUAUUUCCCCAAGUUCCUAUAUAUUGUAGUUUCAGUUCAUCAUUAUAAUUUUAUAAUGAAAAUGAUUAAACUUUUUUUUUUAUUAUUUCAUAGGAAUACAUUGCUGUCAUACUCUUUUAUAUAAAACUGAGCUUAAAUAUAGAUGUGAUUUAAUUGCUCCACUUUUAUGAAGCACUUAACAGAGUUUUAUUUCAUAGAAGACAAGCAGUGCCACUAAGGUUGCCAUAAAUAUCAGGUAUGAGAUACUUACUACACAGGGAUAACAUAAGAUAAGAAGCACUGUUUGAUCAAAACAAAUAAGUGAAUGCUCACUGUAUCCAAUUUAGAUUGUAAUUUAUCUUCAAAAGAGCACAUUUGUUUCAAAUGUUCCCCAUGACAUUGUGUAUAUAAUGUGUACAAUCAGGCUGUGUUGCCGUUUAUUUAUCUGCAUUAGUUGGUGCAAAAAAUCUAAUAUACUGAACCAAAUAUUUUACUUUAACUUUGCAUAUUGACUGUCAACUUAGUUUAAGUUCAGCUAUGAAUGUUUAUGAAACACUUAAGUGUACAAUAAUAUCAUGUAGUAGGUGCUCUUCAAAGAAGCCUUAUCAAAGUACUUCAAAACACGUUUAACAAUGGCUGAGCAGAGCGACUCUAAAGCUGCACAUGGUGAAUUCAUCCACCACAGUUGUUACACUUUACAAACUGAACAGUCUCUCACCAGUCAUGCACAUUAGUAUCGGUUAGAUUUGUAUGAUGCUUUAAAAAAAAAAAGGCCCCAAAAUGUUUUAGGAUUGUAUUGCAGAGUAGGUUAGCAAAAUGUUAAAUGGAAAUAUGACUUUACAUGUUAAAUAGUGUUGAAGACGUUCUGAAGUAACUUGAGACAAUGUGUCAUGUGUACCCUCUUCAAUGUCGUACAGUAUUCUUCUGAGAAUAAUCUGGGUACGCGACACAGCAAAAUAGUGAUUUAUAGACACAGACAUAAACUUUAUUAGGUGCUCGAUGUAGAAUUGUGUAAAGAGGUCCUUAUGAAGUACAUGAAAUGUAGGAUAUAUGGUUGUGCAAUAUCCAUCAUCCCAAACUGACCAUUAUUUUAGCUGAUUGAAUGUUGGACAACUUUAAUGACAGCAGGAUAAGGAAGUGUAACCAUUUAGAUUGUGUUUCUGCUGCUUUGGCUGGUACAAAUUAUUUGAUUGAAGAGAAAACAAUACCAGUUAGCUUCAUUGCUGUAAAUAUUCCAGGUAUCAAAUGGCCAGUGGCCACACUCCAACCCGUUUCUGCAGGUUGACUAAAGCCAUCAGGUCCAGCUUUUCAUCUCAUUUUCUGGUUGUUGUGCCUGUUGCUCUGUAUAAACUGUGAUUUGUGUUUGCUUACUGGUGUAUCAGGACUAUGCAGCAACUUCUACUGGUGUUGGCAAUUGGCAGAGGUCUUAACUUCACAUGCAGUUAGUUGCUUUGUGCUCUCAUCUAGUCUUUCCUAAGUUCCUGAUUUAGAUCAAAAUGCAUCACAAGAAAACAAGUGAUAAAAGUUUGUUUCAGCCAGUCAGACAUAGCCUUAAAGUAGUUGGAAUUUAAAGACGGGGUUCAUAAGAUAGGUAAGAAUUGUAAGCUGUUUGAUACAUUUUAUGUUUGUGAAUGACAAGAAGAAGAAGAAAUGUAACUUAAGCUAUGAAUUGUCAAAGACAAUUUAAGAUCAAACUGAGCCUAAAUCAGUUCUAAAUCUGAUUUCUUAGGCCAAUACAGGUUGCUGAAUAGUCAUAUUUUUGCAAAGCUUGUUGUGGACUAAACUAAGAUUUAAAAAAAGCUAUGCUGUUUGUAAUGUCACGGAUGUGCAUAUGUUAAGGGUUCAUAGGUGUUGUAAAUGCAUGUAAACUUGCCGUGUGAUGAGACAAAAAAGUUCACCUUACCAUAUACUUUAGAAAAAAAAUCAUUAGACGUUUUCUUUUUUAAAAUACUCAAAUAUUUGAUAUUUCUUUUUUUAAAUAAUCCUUUGUAAAACUUGAUUUAUCUACUUUGUACAGGACAUCGAUGUAAAGACUGUAAAUACAGUUGGUCAACAUUCUGGAUGCAGCAACAAUCGUUGAGGUGGAAAAAGAAAGCAUACUAUAGAAAAAUAUAUUUGAUCAGAGCUGGGUCCAAUAGAUGGAUAAAUGGUGCUCCUGAAGGCUUUCAUCCACUCAUCACUGUUUGUUGGCAUUUAAUAAAAUACAUGUCAUAUUUA